AUCAAAUUCUAUCUCCCACUUUCCUCUUAAAAUAAUAUAUUUUCCUGUCGGUGAUCAACUAAAUAAAGAAAACCCAUUAAAAACAAAAGGAAAAAACCCCUCAAUUUUGCUUCUGUCUUCCCACUGUAUAUCUUUUACAAGAUCAAGAUUACCAAACAUUUUCACACUUCACCUAUACAUACACUCCACAAUAAAUAUAUAUCUAUCUAUAUUCAUACACUCCAUUAUAUAUCUAUAGGUAUAGAAGUGUCUAUAGAUAUAGAUAGAGAUGGCAAUAAACAACAACAACAGGGGUGGUGGAUCUUGUAAUCCGGCAGUUGUAAAGAUCGGAAUUACAUUUUUAGGAUUAUGUUUAGUGGGUUAUUUAUUAGGCCCACCUUUAUAUUGGCAUCUUCUUGAAGGCUUAGCCGCCGUCCGCCGCUCUUCCUCCGCCGUCUCCUGCCCUGCCUGUAACUGUGACUGUGAUUCUCAGCCAUUACUUUCCAUUCCUCAAGCACUAAGCAAUGGUUCCUUCACAGAUUGUGCAAAGCAUGAUCCUGAAGUAAACGGAGACACAGAAAAGAACUUUGUUGAGCUUCUAUCAGAAGAAUUGAAGUUACGUGAAGCUGAAGCUUUAGAAAGUCAAAAGCGUGCCGACAUGGCACUUCUGGAGGCGAAGAAGCUAACAUCUCAAUAUCAGAAAGAGGCAGACAAAUGCAAUUCAGGGAUGGAAACCUGUGAAGAAGCUCGUGAAAAAGCUGAAGCAGCUUUACUAGCACAAAAACAACAAAGUGAAAUGUGGGAAUUAAGAGCCCGGCAAAAAGGCUGGAAGGAUGGUGGCGCUAAGCCUGUAAACACUGCAUGAUAUCCACCACUGGUAUGUCCAAGUUGCAUAGUGAUUCGAGUUUUGGUGUUCAUGAGAUCAAGUUCUCAUCUAUAAUUAUAUGUUAGCUUAUAGCUCGAAAUCAAUUAUUGUUUGGAAGAAACUUCUAUAUACUAUAGUUUAAAAAAUCUACGUUAGAAUGUUUAGGGAUUUGUUAAGUUAAUUUAUUUGAAAUAUCAUUUCCAUAUUUGGUUGAACUAUGUAAGUAAUUAAGUAUGAACUCUAUUUGGCAUAUCAUACUAUGCUUUAUAGUUUAUUUGUUA